CGUUUCGAUCAGCUUGUUUUGCUCAUAGAAAUAAAAUAUUAUUUCAAAUUUUCUAUAUAUUAUCUCUAAUUAUAUUUAAAUUUAAAUUUACUAUGAAGUACAAAGCGUUAUUAUGUUUCAUCGUGCUUCUAACGUAUUAUGGUGGAGAAGCGCAAAAUCGCGCAAAAGGGCUGGAGGAGAAAGUGCAGCAGUUAACCGACUUAGCAUCGAAGAAGGCAUUAAUAUCAUUGAAUCUGAGCAAGUUUAAGGAAUAUGUGAAAAGUCCACCUAGGGAUUACUCCUUUGUUGUGAUGUUCACAGCCAUGGCUCCGUCCCGCCGCUGUACCAUCUGUCAACAUGUGUAUGAGGAGUAUCUGAUUGUGGCAAAUUCAUUUAGAAUGACACCAUCUUAUAACAAUAAACUGUUCUUUGGUGUGGUAGACUUUGAUGAAGGCUCUGAAGUGUUCCAAAUGCUUCGCCUUAACACAGCGCCUGUUAUCAUGCAUUUUCCUGCCAAAGGCAAGCCAAAACCAGCCGACUCUAUGGACUUCGAAAGGGCGGGUAUUCACGCAGAGGCUAUGGCCAAGUGGAUUCAAGAUCGUACAGAUGUUCAGAUUCGUGUAUUCCGUCCACCGAACUACUCAGGAGCCGCAGCGUUUGCUAUGCUGUUCGCUCUCAUUGCAGGCUUCCUGUACCUACGCAGGAACAAUCUAGAAUUCCUCUACAACAAGCAAAUGUGGGCAGUCGCAGCUGUCUUCUUCUGUUUUGCCAUGGUCUCCGGGCAAAUGUGGAACCAAAUUAGAGGGCCUCCAUUCUACCAUAGGACCAAGAAUGGCCCUGUCUACAUUAAUGGUGGAUCCCACGGACAGUUUAUAUUGGAGAGCUACAUUGUAGCUAUAUUAAACUGCGCUGUUGUCAUAGGCAUGAUCCUAAUGAUAGAAGCAGCGGGUGGUGUUAAUAAUGCAGAAUUAUUGCGAACACCGGCAGAAGGGAGGAAGCGGAGGGUGCAAUCUAUUGUGGGACUAGUCCUAGUUUGUGUAUUCUUCUCAUUGCUGUUAUCUGUAUUCAGAGCUAAAACACAGGGUUAUCCCUAUAGCUUCCUAUUCAAGUAAGAGGUUUUCCAUUUACAAUAGUUUUAUAAGAAUAUCACGGAGUAAAGAACUAUCAUCUGAGGUGUGUUUGCAAUAUGUUUUAUAAUUCUAUGUGAGUAGUCAAAUAAAUUAUUUAAAUUCA